AUGUUUCAUGACGAAAGUUCAUAUCCAGAUGAGAUCACUAGUAAUGAAUCCUUUACAACUGGGGAGGGUGAAAUUGAACCAAUUUUAACAGAUAAUUUCGCGGAAGAAACAAUAAGCGAAAUCAAAGAUAGCCAAAUUCCUGAAAAUGAACAUUUAAUUCUUAGUCACCAGGUUCGUCACCAAGUGGCACUUCCUCCGAAUUAUCCAUAUAUACCAAUUUCUCAACAUGCACCACCUUCAGAGCCUGCGAGAACAUAUCCAUUUGAACUAGAUCCAUUUCAAAAAGUUGCAAUUGCUUCGAUAGAAAGAUCAGAAUCUAUUUUAGUCAGUGCCCACACAUCUGCAGGAAAAACAGUUAUUGCCGAAUAUGCAAUUGCCAAAUCUUUGAGGGAUAGGCAAAGAGUUAUUUAUACAAGUCCAAUAAAGGCCUUAAGUAAUCAAAAAUUUCGUGAAUUGGAAGCAGCAUUCGGAGAUGUAGGAUUAAUAACUGGAGAUACUACUAUAAAUCCUAAUGCUAUUUCAUGGGUUAUAUUUGAUGAAAUUCAUUACAUGCGUGAUAAAGUACGUGGUGUAGUAUGGGAGGAAACUAUUAUUCUAUUACCACAUCAAAUUCAUUUCAUUUUCUUGUCUGCAACUAUUCCUAAUGCCAUGGAAUUUGCUGAAUGGAUUUGUAAAAUACACGCUCAGCCUUGUCAUGUUGUAUAUACCGAUUUUCGUCCCACACCACUACAACAUUAUAUUUAUCCUUGUGGAGGAGAGGGUAUUUAUCAGGUGGUUGAUGAAUUGGGUAUAUUUAAAGAAUCAAGUUUCUUGCAAGCAACUCGGUUAUUGGUUCCAGAAUCAAUUAUGGAAUAUAAUAAAAAAGCUGAUGAUAAACUUAGAUACGGUCCUUCAGAUAUUAUUAAAAUUGUAAGCAUGAUUAUGCAAAGAGAUUAUUUACCUGUAAUAAUAUUCUCUUUUGGAAAGAGGGAAUGUGGAAAUCUGGCUCAUCAAUUAAAAGAUAUUGAUGUAUGCACUGAAAAAGAAAAACCAUUAGUACAAACAGUUAUUAAUAAUGCCCUUCAAAUAAUUAACCCUGAUGAUCGUCAAUUGGCCCAGAUUGAAGAUAUGCUUCCUUUAUUAAUACGUGGAAUAGCUGUUCAUCAUUCAGGAUUAUUACCAAUAUUAAAAGAAAUUGUUGAAUUACUUUUUCAAGAAGGUUUAAUCAAAGUAUUAUUUGCAACUGAAACAUUUUCCAUGGGGCUCAAUAUGCCAGCUCGUACUGUCGUUUUUUCUGAUGUGAAAAAAUUUGAUGGACAAAAUUUAAGAUAUAUUUCUGCCGGUGAAUAUAUUCAAAUGUCUGGACGCGCUGGUCGUAGAAGUAUUGACAAUAAAGGUAUUGUUAUUUUAAUGGCCAAGCAAAGAAUGGAACCUUCCGUAAUAAAGAGCAUGAUAUUUGGUGAAUCGGAUUAUUUACAAUCAGCUUUUCACUUGAAAUAUCACAUGAUAUUGAAUAUGACUAGAGUUGAGGGUUUGAGCCCGGAAUCUAUUUUGAAAAAAAGUUUUUACCAAUUCCAGAAUUCAUUAAAUUUACCAAGAUUAGAAGAAGAAAAGAAAUAUGAUUCAUUAAUUAUACCUAAUCAAAAACUUGUUGCAGAAUAUUAUGACAGUCGUCAAUUAUUGGAUGCAUAUUUCCGAGAAAUGCAAUCUAUAAUAAAUCAUCCAUUUCAUAUUCUUCCAUUUCUUAAACCUGGUCGAUUGGUUCGAAUAAAACACGCUAAUAUGGAUUUUGGAUGGGGUAUGGUGGUUAGAUAUGGAAUAAAAAAUGUAGGAUUAAUUCUUUUAUCUUUAAUUAUUGAUAAUAAUAUUAUUAAAUUUAAUAUUAAAGAAAAAACAUCUACCCAAGAAAAUAAGAUUAAUAAUCAAAUUAAUAAUCAGAUUAAUAUUGAACCAUUAGCACCAGAUGAUUAUUUUGUUGAUGUAUUAAUAUAUUGUGAUUCCAAUUCAAUCGUAGCAAAGACUGCUGAUGGGAUAACUACUGGUGUUAGACCUUGUUACGAUGAUACUGGAGAAGCGAUGGUCGUCCCGGUUGAAUUGUCUGCUAUACAAAGCUUAAGUGCGAUUCGAAUAUUUUCACCAAAAAGUUUUACUUUUCCUCAAGUUAGACAAACUGUUUAUGAUAGUAUUCAAAAUUUGAUUGAAAAAUUUCCAAAUGGUUUAAUUCCAUUGGAUCCUAUAGAAGAUAUGGCUAUUAAAGAUGAAUCUUUUCUAAAAUUGAUAAGAAAAAUAGAAAUUCUUGAAGACAAAACAUUUUUCAAUCCACUUCAUAAUAAUCCAUAUCUUCCCGUACUAUAUAAUCGAUAUGCAAAAAAAGUUUCACUUCGGAAUCGAAUAAAACAAUUAAAAAAGAAAAUCAAGAUAUCCCAAUCAAUUUUACAUCUUGAUGAAUUAAAGUAUCGAAAAAGAGUAUUACAUCGAAUUGGAUAUUUAACUGAAGAUGAUAUUAUUACCUUGAAAGGACGAGUUGCUUGUGAAAUAAAUGUGGGAGAUGAACUUGUUCUUACUGAAAUGUUAUUAAAUGGUGUAUUUAAUGAUUUAUCAGUGGAAAUGACUGCCGCUUUACUUAGUUGUUUUGUAUUUGAACGCAAAGAUAAUAAGCAACAAAAUAGAUUGAAAGAAGAAUUUACUGUAGUGUUUCGAAGAUUACAAGAAAUUGCUAGAAACAUUGCAGCUAUUUCUAUUGAAUGUAAACUUCAAAUUAUAGAAGAGGAAUAUCUUGAUAGUUUUUGUCCCGAUUUGAUGGAAGUAGUAUAUGCUUGGUGUCAAGGUCAAUCAUUUGCUGAUGUGAUGAAAUUGGCAGAUACUUAUUAUGAAGGACAAAUAAUUCGAAUUCUUAGAAAUUUAGAUGAACUUCUAAGAGCAUUGAUUUCUGCAAAUAAAAUUAUUGGAAAUUUAGAAUUAGAAAAUCAAAUCGAAAAUGAAGUUAAAGCGGCAAUUUGCGAAUUACAUGAUGUGGAUAUUCUAGAAUUUGAAUUGCCACCCAUAAAAGCUAAGAAACGUGAUAAAAUUUUUGAAGCGAAAUUAUUGACAAUAAAUUGUUCAUCAAGCAAAAGAUCGAAACAAUGCAUGGAACAAAAUCAAAUAUAUUGUCCAAAUACUGAGUUUUUGUUGAUGGCUCUUCCUUUUGUAACAACUCCUGUUCAAACAAAUCCAAAUCCCGGUGCCACUCAGUUGCAACAACAAUAG